UAUAAUUAUUAAAAUUAAAAUAAUUAAAUAAAAUAAACUCAUGAAAAAAUUUAUUUAUUUUUUUGUUAUUUGCCAUCUAAUCUAUCAUAACUCCCAAAAUAAGAAUUAUCUUUAAGAAAAUUACUUUGGAUGCUAAUUUAGGUCAAAAAUAUUUUUUAAUUUUAUAUAUAUAUAUAUAUAUAUAUAUUAAUCAAGCAGGCAUUCCAACGGUUGCUGAAUGGCCUAAAGCAGCUGCUGAUCUAGAGAAUCAACGUCGAAAUGGAGUUCUCAUCAACCACCUAAAAAAUUCGUUUACUACGAAAUUGAUCUCAGGUUAUCAUUGGAUCAUCCGAGGUUGGUUAGUUUUACUCUUCAACAAUGAAUUAUUUGUUGGAAAAGAAUUUGUAUAAGGAAUACAAUAAAUUUAAAAAUAUAUGAUACCAUUUAUUAAGACGAAUAAUCUUAAAAAAAACUAUUACAUCGUAAUGAGAUUCUCUUUUAAUUAAUUAAUAUACAAUCGGCUAGUUAAAAGUGAAGAUUUCUUUUUCUCAAUUAAUAUAAUUUUUAUUGAUCAAUUUAGUUAUUGUUCUUAGUGUUUACUAUUUUUCUUGUUAAUUACUUACAAAGACAAAAAGGAAAGUAAAAAAAAUAAAAAGAAAAGAGAAAAACAAUCAAGGCCCAGAUGCACGGAUCUACAAUCAAGCCAGGUACAGGGAGGACGUAUUUUUGUUUCUAACUUCUUCUAAUCUUUUUGGUUAUGAAGUUGUCUAUUGCCUUAGAGGAAUCGAUGAUAUAAAGCAACAACAUGCAUUUGCAAUACUACUGGCAAAAAAGUUGAUAGCACUACGGGAAGAUUGGAGCCAUUACACAUACGGCGAUUGUCCCCGUAACCUGAGUGAACACCAGGCUCCAACAGAAGACCAACUCCACAUAAGCCAUGAAGGAUCCAUGAUUUUCGACAUGGCAACAUUCAACACAAGAAUGAUGAAUAGAAUGCAAAACCCGCUAAUCCAAGCGGUGAAUCGCAGCAUCCAUGAGAUGGUAGAGGAAAUUCUUGGAAAGUUUCCAGAUGCUGCAUUCUUCAUUGAUAAGAAAGGGAAGAACAUACUGCACAUAGCGGUGGAAUGUAAAGAUAGGAAAAUGUAUGACUAUUUGAAGUCAAAAGUCCACAAGGAGGAGAUGUUGGCGGCCAUGGACAGCCAAGGAAACACCAUAUUGCAUCUUGCUACCAGAGAGGGAAGCAGUCCCAACAUUACUCAUGGACCCAUGAACCAGAUGGCGUGGGACGUAUGCUGGUUUAAGCGCAUCUGUUAUGAUGCUCCCUCUCAUUUCUUAUAUCAUCGGAAUACUGAUGGGAAGACAGCAAGUGAAAUAUUUGAAGAAAACCACUCCAGACUUCGUGAAGAAGCAGAGAAAACUGUGAAAGAUAUGAAUAACGCGCUCAUGCUGGUCGCCACUCUUGUGGGCACUGUCAAUUACGCCACACUCUUCACCAUCCCCGGAGGUUUUGUAGAAGAUCCCAACAGCGAAAACUUUGGCCGACCAUCACUUUUUAGCAGCCGAGAAGGGCUUGGCAGUGACCUGAGGUGGUUCUUAGGCUUCACCGGCGUGGCUAUCUUCUCCUCCUUGUUCUCCUUAGCGACCAUGCUUCUAAUUCAGUUGUCCCGGUUUUCCAACCUUGACUUCUAUUUGUCAUUGCCAUACAGAUUUCUUGGUGCUCUAAUUGCCCUGUUUUUCUCUGCACUCGCCACCAUUUUUGCCUGCGUCAAAGCCUAUAAAAUCAUAGCAUUAGGAGUUAAUCCUAAUAUUUUCAUGUGGCCUACCAUUAUCAUGCUAACCCUUGUUGGCAUAGACACAGCCUACCCAACCACUGAGUACAUGAUUUACGCUCUUCGUUGUGCAUUUUCGUUUAUCGGCAAGGAAAGUGUAUCCCCUCCUCUUUAACCCUCGUUUUCACCAAUAAUUUGUUUGUUUGUUCAUGUUUUCACAACAAAAUCUAUGCAAA